UUAUAAAUAGACACGCAUAAUUUUUAGCUUUGAAAAAAGAGGGAGAUGAUAUGAAUUCGCCAUCAUUAAACGUGUAUCAAUCGCAUAAUAAUGAAGAGGAAAUGAGUGAAACUUCCAGCCAACUCGACUUUGUGUCACUUACUUUGUCACCCUAUUAUUAUUAUAAUAAACAAUCAACAAAGCCAUUAACAAAAGAUACACUAGUGAAAAAGGAACAAUUAGAUGAACUCUUACUCUUUCAGAAUGUUCCCCUUCUUGAUAAACUUAAAAAGCUAGAAAGACGUCGAAGUAUAUCCAAUGGGAAUAUAGCGCGUCAUCUAUAUAAUGAAGAUAAUUCGCAAAUGUUAUCUAUAAAUACUCCUUUCCGAAAAAGAGGAUCAGAGAACUCAGACGCUUCUAUUCAAUCGCCUAAUUCUCUUUUUGAACAAAGUCAAUCCCAAUAUUAUCAACGCGAUUCGUCUCUUUUAAGUACAAAUAACCAUGAAUCUAUCUCACAUAAACUAAGAUCUACUCACAGUCGAUCUGUGAAUGCAUCUUCAACGAGUUUUGCUUGCUGGAGUUUUAAGCACCAUCAACAUGAGUGUGAACAUAGCGUACGUAGAGGUUUCUCUGGUAUCGCUCAAUUAUCAGCAGCUCAUAUUGCACGUAUUCGAACAAGAAAGCUAAACAACACAAGGCAGCAUUAUUAUAAUUCAUCAUUCUAUGCUAUCAUUCACCAAUUAUCGGAGAUGGCAGCACGCGUUGUAAACAGUCGUGCUACAGAACCUGUUGAGACACGCUUGUCGAUUGAUGAAAUUGCUUCACUUUCUCAAUACCUUGAUGUUUUACGAUUAGGAUAUCAUCGAGAACAAAAGCAGGAUACUAAUUCUGAAGAAGAAAAUAUGACAGUCAAUAAUGAAUAUCAGGGAUCAAAUAGUAGUAAAGAUAUCAAGUUAAAUCAUGAUGACCCUAUUAUUAUGGAAAAUGGAAAUGCAAUUAUUUAUACGCCUUCAAGAUUACUAGAAGCGUCUUAUGGUACACAUUCUGAUACAACAGCGUUAUUACUAAAUGAUACAUCCAAUAAUAAAAGACAUAUCAAUAGCUUUGAAAAUAUGCUUUCUUCUACUUCAAUAAAUCAACUUCCAAACGCUUCGGAGACAAAUAGAUAUAGAGACGAUAAUAAGGAACCUACCGAGAGAGAUCCAUUAUUGCCAUCUAUAAGACAACAAAAAUAUAAGAUUAAAAAAAACCAAUCUAUAAAACGUUAUUUUCACAAAUUCUAUAAAUACAUUAAACGAUAUAUUGAAGAAGGAGGUUGGCAGCAGCAGCAUAAUAACAAUAAUACCCAGGUUCAAUUUGAAGGUUGGUCUUUAUUUAUUUUCUCGCCAACAAGUUGGAUACGUUUUCGUUUAUGGAAGAUUAUUGGAUCAAGAUGGUUUGAAAUUUUUAUUUUUUGUUUAUUAAUUUCUCAAUGGAUAUUGCUAUCAUUUAUACCAGACUUAUUCAAAUCAACAGAGAAAGAUUUAACUCGUGUUGCAGAUUAUUUUCUUUGUUUUAUUAAUGUUGUAUAUACCCUUGAAUUGAUUUCUAAAAUAAUCAUAUACGGUUUACUUUUAAAUACACAUUCAACAACUAGACCAAACUUAAAAACAUGGUUCAAUCGUAUUCAAGGAGUCUCUUCUCCACGAAGACAUUCGUAUCAACCUUCAAUAUUGUCUCAUGACAUAGAAUCAGUAGUAUCAUCACAGCGAAAUGAUAUGAAUAACGAUUCUAACUAUAUCCAAAUAAAUCGUCAUCAAAAAUUACCUGCUUUUGCUCAGAGAGAGUCAUAUUCUUAUUCCAUGUCCUCAAGAGGUUCAAGCCGUUAUAGCUCUAUUUCUCAUCAUAAGGAUCGAUACAAAUCUUAUCGUCACAACAGUAUAAGUGGAAGUAGUGUCUUAUCCGAUGAUGCAAAUUCUGCUAUAGUUUCAUUAAAUGGCGAACACAACAAUAGUAUGAAUUCAGGAACAGCAUGGUUUGUUAAUGCAUCUCCAUCAUCUUCCUUAGUGUCAGGUAGAGACAAUCUUUAUUUGCGUUCGAAGUAUUACCAUAAUCAUACUGAAGAAAUGGAAAAUGAGGAUUCAAAAUCGAUAGUAGCUACUGUUGAACAGCAAGUUCUCGCUACUUUAACAUCUCAAAAGGAUAACAUGACUAGCAGAGGAAAUGAUGAUAGUGAUAUUGAUUUUCUAAAAAUUACCCAUCAAAGCUUCUUGUCCAAUUUAGGUAAUAUAAUUGAUCUUAUUUCUGUCAUAUCUUAUUGGGUCAGUCUCAUAAGUGUCUUCUGUCUUGGUCAACGUCCUUGGCCUGUCUUUCAAAGUUUAGCAGCUGCACGUCUUUUCCGUCUACUGGUUAUCACGGAGGGCACAGCUGUGAUUAUUGAAUCAUUGAAGAGCAGUUACGAUAUGCUCAAGAAUGUGAUGGGCUUUUUUAUUUUCUUUUGGUUACUCUUUUCUUUAAUUGCGUUAUUUAUCUUUACCAAUACAUUUAGUAGACGAUGUGCAGUGUUGAAGGAGGAGAAUGAUAUAUCUACAUUAGUAUAUGUUGAACCACGUCUAUCUUGUAGUGGUUAUAUGAAGAAUGCGGUAGAACGUAUGGGACCCCUUGAUAUCAAUACGGGUGUUCAGUAUAGUCAAAUCUGUAUCCAGGAUGUUCAAAAUCAACCCCAAUACGGCUACAUGAGCUAUCGAAAUAUUUUUUAUACCAUGUUAAAUAUAUUAACAGUCAUCUCUACAGAGAAUUGGACAGAUGUACUCUAUAUCACUCAAGAUAGCGUAUCGAAUGUCGGAGCUGCCAUUUUUUAUACAUUUUGUAUAUAUCUCAUGACAUUUAUUAUGGUUCCAAUGUUUAUUGCUGUCAUCACAACCUCAUUUUCGCAUGCUAGAGGAGAUAUGCGCAAAAGUGCAUUUUCAUCACAGCAGAAAGUAAAGUCAUUGUUUGUAUCACCGAAGAAACAGUCAAAUAAAAAGAGCAAGGAGAGCAAUCAUACAGAAUGGAUUCAUGAAGGUACAGGGUUAGAAAAUAAUAAUUCUUUGUUUCAAGCAAGAUCCAUCAUACAAGGUUGGGUUCAAUAUAUUAUCCAUCAGACAUGGUUUCAUCAUAUGGGAAGCAUGUUAGUUGUAUCCAAUUUAGUAUUUAUGUCAUUUUAUCAAUCCAAGCUGUUAACAAGUGAGAAAGAAAAACUAGAAUCCAUUGGUAGAAUUUUUACGUUUAUUUUUGCAUUUGAAAUAUUAAUGCGUAUCUAUGGAAGCCUCUCCUGGAACCAGUUUUGGGAUAGAUUUCGAAAUCGUGUUGAUUUUGUAAUUGUUAUAGUUACUUUGAUAAACGAAAUACCAUAUAUUAAAAAAAGCCAUUACUAUACCUAUUUGCUUAUUUUCGAUGUAUUACGGUCUUAUCGCGUUGCUUAUUUAUUUCCAGGUGUUCUCCAGUUACUUUCUGAUGCAAUCGGUGAUGGGCAAGGGAUACUGAACCUGACAUUUUUUACCUUUCUGGUACUAUUCUUAUUAGCACCCAUGUCUGUUCAAUUAUUUGGUGGUGACUUUACAUUUGUUGGCGAUAAUGAACCUUCAAUGAGGUUUGAUAAUUCAUAUCAGGCCUUUUUGGCAUUAUUUCAAAUUAUGACGGGUGAGAAUUGGACAGACAUUUUAUAUAAUGCAAUGUAUAGUCAAAAGGAUUCUUCUAUCUCAUAUGCUGCCAUUUUCAUGGUGUUUCUCUAUUUUUCUGUUCAUUAUAUGGUAUUAAAUCUCUUUAUUGCUGUUAUUAUGGAAAACUUUGACUUGGAUGAAGAAGAGAUUAAGCAAAUUCAAAUUAAGAAGUAUAUUCGAGAGCAUCGAUGGAAGUCUGACUAUCUUGAAAUGGAUAUAAUUGGCAGAUUUUUAUUACCUUUGUUUACUGCUCAGGAUGAAAAGAAACUUGAUUAUAAAAAUUUACCUCAGAAUCUGGUGGCACACGUUACUACAAGUAGAUUUAAAGAGUUUUUAAGCGAUAUACUAUACACUGAAAAGGAACAAUCGCCAACACAUAUAAUACCGAUGUUAAAUCAGAAUAAGGCUCAUUUUUCUGUAGAUAACGAAUAUUCAACUUUUCCCACUUCAAGACGUCCAUCUUCUACUAUACUACCUAAUACAAUACUUAGUAGCCGAAGAAACUCAAAUAUUUCACAAUAUAGCAAUAGCAGUCUUUAUAUCGAUAACGGCUUAUCGCAAAAAUACAGUUACAAUCCUUACUACUAUGAAGAAGGCCCAUCAGUAAAGUAUGGUGAUGAAUAUGAGCUUAACGUAGCACGUGAAAAUAAGGCAGUGAUUGUUGAGGAUCUAAACGUUUUUCGAUCCUUUUUUGUUUUAAGAAAUGAUCAUAUCCUUCGUAAAAUGUGUCUUCGAAUUUCUAGAAUGGCAAGCUACAAGUGGAUGAUGAUGGGAAUGAUCUGUAUUACGACAUUUAUUACCAUGUGGGCUGAUAAUUUUAAUCGACAGAAGCAUCCUAUAUUGAUUACUUAUAUCUUUGAACCUUUUCAUAUUUUAACAUUAUUAAUUUAUUGGCUGGAUAUUGGCAUUCAUAUGAUAGCGGAUGGCGUUUUUAUGCUACCCAAAUCAUAUUUGAGGAAUACAUUAAACUUAUUAGAUUAUAUUAAUUUACUAUGCCAAACAGUAUUGACAUUCAUAAGCAUCUUUGCGGGCUAUUCUAAAGACGAAUUAACGAAACUUGCAAGUUAUAUACGUAUUUUGAGUAUAUUAAGGUCAUUGCGUAUUAUAAAUUAUGUACAUGGUAUGCAAGUUAUUUUCUUGGAUUUGAUCUAUGGGUUUCCUAAAGUGAUUGAUGCCGUCGCAUUGAACUUCUUAGUCUUUAUACCCUUUGCAAUCUAUGGCUGUUUCUUAUUUAAUGGUCGAUUCUCUCUUUGUAAUGAUGAUACCACUUUUUCCCGAUUAGCGUGUCUUGGCGAAUUUCAAUCCGGAAAUGAAGAAAACAAUAGUGGUAUCCUACUACCAAGGGUUUGGAAAAAUCCAUACGACUAUUCGUUUGAUACUUUUGGAAAAUCUCUUUUGCAUCUUUUUGAAUGUGCUUCAGGUGAAGGUUGGAUUUUAUCUUUAUUCUCAGCUAUGAGCAUUAUUCCAGAAAAUCGUGAUGCUCAGCCAAAAUUUAGUUGGUCAUCGUCAUCUAUCCUUCAUUCAAUUUUCUAUGUUGUAUUUAUGUUUGUUGCCUCCCUUUGUACUAUUCAAUUAUUCAUUGGUGUAUUUUUGGAAAUUUUCAAAAAGAGAAAUGGCAUUUCAUCACUAACAAACACGCAACGUCAGUUCAAAGAUCUUCAAAGACAGUUAUCACUAAUUAAGCCAUCAUUAAAAGCGAAAAGGCCGGCUGAAGGAACAUGGCGAGCAAUGUUUUAUGAUUUAGUUAUUGAUAAACGUGGCAAAUUUGCUCGGUUUAUGGCGGCAGUUCUUAUGGCUAAUAUUCUAGUAUUUACUACAGAACAUUUACAUCAGCCUAUAUGGCUUAGUCGUCUACAGAAUAUCUUAAAUGGUAUAUGUUUAAGUUUAUAUGUUUUUGAAACAGCAGCAAAAAUAGCAGGUUUAGGAUUUUAUAAAUGGGCAUCGAUUAGAUGGAACAUAUAUGAUUUUGUUUUAGUUGGGUUGACAAUACUUGUGGAUAUACUAAGCAUCUUUAUGAAGUUACCUUUUGGUUGGGAUGCUACAAGAAAAUUGUUUUUAGUAGGUAUUGCUUUCCGUCUUGCACAACGUAAUGAAUCAUUGGAUACAUUAUUCAGAUCUGUCAAGCGAGCAUCCCAUUCUAUUUUCUAUGUUUCCUUUGUUUUUGGUAUAUUUAUAGUAUGUUUUGGUGUAAUAUUUCAAGAACAGUUUUUAUAUACUCGUUAUGGGCCGUAUGGUAAUGAGCAUGCUAACUUUAGGUCAUUAUUUAACACCUUAUUGACAUUAUUCCGCAUUACAACUGGUGAAAAUUGGGAUUUUUUGAUGCAUGAUUUUACUAUUCUUUAUCCUGAAUGUCUGGGCAAAUAUGAUUGUGGAAAACCAAAGUACGCUAUUACCUUAUUUAUUAGCUUCUAUGUAGUUUGUACAUUUAUCUUUGUAAAUCUUUUUACUGUGAUUGUAAUUGAUAAUUUCUCAUUUACCUUUGAUAAGCGGAACCAGUUUACAUUGAUCACUCGUACAGACUUAAGAAACUUUAGGUUCGCUUGGGCUACAGUAGAUCCAAAAGCUACUGGAUAUAUAAGUGUUAGUCAAGUCCCCAAGUUUUUAAGUCUCUUGGAAGGUGUACUUUCUGUGAAGAUAUAUGAAAAAGAACAUAGUAUACGCUCACUUUUGGAGGCUAGUAACCAAGUUGAUGCAGAUACAAGUCAUCUAGUUUCUAUGUCUUUAUCAAACACAAGAAAACCUGUAAAAUACUUUAAUAAUAACAUGAAAGGAGAGAAGCCUUUUAAUCUUUAUGAGCUUAAUCAAAGAUUAGCUAGUAUUGAUCCACAAAUUAUUAAACAAAAACAAAGACAGUAUACUGAGGUUUAUCAGGAAAUCUUAAAUUCUGCUUCUUACCGUGGAGUCUCUUUUCAUAGUAUGCUAGAAAUUUUAGCUAUUCGUUUAGUAGAUGUCUCAAAGUCCUUGACAUUUAGCGAACUUGUAGAUCGUGCUAGAAUACAAGAUAAAGUUGCAAAAGACUUGGCUAAAGAACGUGCAAAAGGAUUAGUAUCUAUGCUAAUUUUAAGAAGAAAAUAUUUGAAAACUCUUCAAUUUGUCAAAAACAAUCAAGCUUUAGCAAACAGUUAUAAUAACAAUAAUGUAAGUCUUGUAGGGGAUUGGUUGAUACCGAAUAAAAAGGGUAAUUAUAAAUUACCUUCUCCCACGAGAGAGCUAUCUUCUAUUCCUUACUUGCAACUUGGUGCUUCUUUAAGUAAAACGCGUGGAGACUCUAAUCGAAAUAUAACUGCUCGAAGAGGAUCUCUGAGAAGCAAUGAUAGCAGUGGAGUUCCAAGGAUUGUUGUUGUUCAAGCUCAUCAGCAAGAUUUAGACAAUAUUGUUAUGAAUUCAGCUAAUUUAAAAGAAGAUAACAUUUUUCAAAAUCAACAACAUACAUUAUUUUUACCUGAUAGAUUCGCCGAACAUAACAGUAUUGGAGCAAAUAUGCUUUAUAGAAGGAACUCUGCUUCUGUUAUUACACCAACUACGUUAGGAACACCACGAGUAAUACGAAGAAAAGGUAGUGUAAGUCAGCCUGGUUCACCUACAACAUCUAUUCCAUCAUAUAGUAAAUCAGCAAUGUCAUCUCCUCAACUACUACCAAAAGGACAAGAUACAACUCUAUCUUUUAAACUACUCCCCUUAAUAGCUGAUGGGCAUAAUAUAUCAACUUUUUCAUCUUCAUUUAUCAAAAAUAAAUCCUCCACUUCUAAACAAAAAGAUUCAACAAGAAAUGAUAUUAACAAUACUAAUUUUGAAGAUGUAUUUACACAAUACUAUGCAAUUGAUUCUACUAUGAAUGAUAUGACGAACUCAGAUGCAAAAAAAAUCAUCCAUAAAUUUGAACUUAGUCAAUGGACUGCCCUGCUUGAAGAGAUAUCUAACAAGUCUGAUGAGGAACAUCAAAAUAGCCCCAUUUCACAAAAUUAAUGUACAGAUAGAAACUAUGUUUUACUUUUUAAUAAUAAAUACCAUCGUUUAUGA